AUGCUUAUCGACGGUCAAAAGUGGGCGUGCGAAGCUUGUAUACGGGGCCACCGUGUGACCAGCUGCAAACAUCAUGAUCGACCGUUGAUUCGCAUCAAGCGUAAAGGCCGACCAUUCGCAACAUGUACAAUGUGCAAUGCAACGCCGUGCACAUCUCCAAUCGAGCACGCACGCGCAAAGCGUGAUGCAGAGCUCAAAUGUCCAAAAAAAUCCUCGAGCGGAAGAAUCCAUCGGCAAAAUCCGAACGGGUUCCUUCCCAUUGCCCCACGUCCGGGUCCGUCGGGGUCGAUUUCAGGUUCUGUGAAGCCUGUCUCAACGGCGGUGACAAAGUCGAAGUCUAGGUCCGGGUCGAAGUCUAGGUCCGGGUCAAAGUCCGGCUGUUCGACCUCGUCGGCUUCGUCGCCCGGCAAGACACCUGUCUAUGAUGCGGUUGGGGGAGGAGAUUGGUCGGGCUCCGAGGGCUCGGGCUCGAUAUCUAGGAUCGAAUCAUCAUCAUCGAGACAUACAGUGUCUUUCUCUGGGUCGGCGGUGCCGGUUUUAGGCUCGGGUCGGACACUCAGCGCGGAGCACGGUGGUUCUCUUUCGCAUUCUGCGCCCGGAUCGUUGUAUGAGUAUCCUGUUUCAUCGGAUGAGACCGCAGCUGCGGCCUUGUUCGAUCCUGCGUAUUCGCUCCAGCCUUCUGCGCUGGCUGUUUCGGGUUCCCAGCCCGCGCAGACCUUGCCCAUGGUUAGUCCGCUUGAAGGGGUUCCCCCCUUUGACUUCUCGCUGGACCCUGCCCUGGAAUUGGGUGAUAGCACCUUAGGAUAUUUGGAUGGGGUGGACAUGAACAUGGAUUUGGACUUGCCGGCUAUGGAGGAAAUGUUCCAUGUGGAGGAUUGGUCUAGGUAUAUGUGGUCGGCUGAGACAGGGUUUGAGCAUUUGGAUACCGGAUUCCCACCUGUGUCGCAAUAA